CAAAUCGGCUCUUAGCCUGGGCGAGCCUUUAUUGCUCAAAAGCUCUGCCUUCUUCACGAAGACAUUGCCGCCUCUAUUUCUCAGUCCAAUUUGGAGAAAAUGAUCUUGCUUUAGAGAAAGCUAAAAGGAAGCAAUGAUGCACGGCCCGGCGACAACCGGAGAGCCUUCGAAGAAGAAGAUUAAGGUCUCCUUCAAAGUUAUUAGAUCUCUUACACUUGAUGUUUUAAGCUCUGACACAAUUGGGAGUAUCAAAGACAAGAUCUACAGGAUUGAAGGGACUUCAGUCAACCAACAAGAGCUCUUUUUUGCAGGGAAUCAUCUAGAAGAUACCAAAGCACUAUCUGAUUACAUUGUUUCCACUGAUUCUGAUUCCACCAUAGAUGUUUGGGUUGAAGGAAGAAUGCCAAUUUCCAUUAAAAUCCCAUCAAUGGAGAAAACUUUACCUCUUAAUGUGAAGUUUGUGGAAACAGUUAAGAAACUGAAAGUCAUGAUUCAGGAUGAGGUGGGAAUUCCUUCAGAUCAGCAACUUCUUAUUUUUUGUGGCAAAACACUCAAAGAUGAUGAGUUAUUAAUUGCUUGUGGUAUCAUAAAGGAUUCUACAGUUUAUGUCAUGUUGAAUCCAUUAGCUGAGCUUCUCCUCUAUGUCCACAUGGCUUGUGACAAUGCCUUCAGUCUUGAAGUAAAGGCAGGAUAUACCAUUAGCGAUGUCAAGGUCAUUGUUGAGAGUUUAAGAGGAAUUCCUGCUAGUCAAAUAAAAGUUUUUCACGAUGAAGUAGAGCUUCAGGAUAGCUUCACCUUAUCAUUCUACAAAAUAAAGCACCAAUCUGUUCUGCAUCUACAAGCUCCAAUACAGAUAUUUGUAAAAAUUGUGACUGGAAAGACCAUAACUAUCACAGCUGAAGCUAGCGAUACCAUUGCAAUUAUCAUCACAAAGAUUGCAAGCAAGACGGGUUUUAAAUGCAAGAAUUUGAAGCUCUUCUAUGCUGGAAAGGUACUUCAGGAUCAAAAGACUCUUUCAUUCUAUGGUAUAAAAAGGGAAUCAACAAUCUAUCUACGUUGAAUCAACAAUUUAUCUGCCGGCUCGAACAUUCUAUGAUUGUUGAAACAAGUGGUGCUGUUGGUGGAUGAUUCAGAACUAAUCUCUUUAUAUGAUAGUUGCAUGUUAAAUUGAGUGACAAACUUCUCACUUAUUUUUAUGUGUGGCAAUAUCGUGACUUCAUUUCUAUUGUUCUAAAUUACUGAACUAUUUUGAA